GAUGCUUAAACGUUAUUUGAGCAAGCAUCAAUGAUAUAACUCACGGUAAAGGAGGAAUGAUCACAUGCUUGGACUGGUGGGCUUCGAUGAAGCUGGCGCAACGCACGUCAUACUGUGGACGGAAACCCGCCGAGUGAUUGCGUAUAUCUAGCCCUAUGGUCAGGAGACAGUAACGCAACACACGCCCGCCUUAGAAACGCGCACUAUCCAUCCACAUCGCAAACCAUGGAUGCAGGAAAGCCCAUCAGCAAGGGCUACUCAGCGAGAGUCGAGGCAGAUAGGAUUUUCAACGGCUUGAUCAAUGACGCCGAGAGGCUGAAUCUCCCUCGCGAUGCACUCGGGAGCAAGGUGUUCUUCACCCCCUCGGCAGAUGAAAUCUAUUACCCCACCCCAUUCAAAGUGACAGAAACACUCGCCGCCCUGAAGGGUGUCGAGGGGGCGAUGGCGGCGGCUAUCGCAGAUCUGCGCUUCGGGGCAAUGCCAGGUGGUAGGGAGAUCCGCGUCAGCCUCGAGAGAGCGACGCUAUUUGGGUUCCAGGCACUCCUUGCCAAGGUGGAUGGUUAUUCAAGAUCGGACCCUGAAAUCAGAAGAUAUCUGAAAGACACCGACAUUCAUUCUGCCCAGUCGAACCUUUACCGCCGACGGGCUGCCAACAUGUAUCGAACCAAGAAUGAGGAUGAGUACUUCUUCCUGCACGGCUCAUUGAAUCCUACCAAAGCACUAAACAUGAUUGGUCUUCCGAGCCAUCGGCCGGGCCUGACGGAGUACGAUGACAUCGUUGAUCUCAUUGGUACACAGGUGGGAGAUUUCUCGGCCGCUGAGCUCGAAGAUCUCAACCAAGAGUUUGGACAAGCUGGAGUGACAGUCUACACGCACGAGGAAUUUUGUGCUACACCGCAUGGCAAAGCCAACGUCAACGAGCCCUGGUGGACAGUCUCCCGCAUGCCGGACGAUGUUCCUCCUACCCCAUUCCAGGCAGCCAAAUCCAAUCGUGCCCUCGGUGGCAUCAAGGUACUGGAGCUCUGCUGCGUCAUUGCUGGCCCCGUCAUUGGUCGUAUCCUCGCCGAGUAUGGGGCGGACGUUUUGAAGAUCACCUGCUCUUCCUCCGUCCCCGAUGUGCCGUUCUUCCAAGUGGACGGCAACAUGGGCAAACGCGCCGUCGAUCUCGAUCUCAAGAGCCCCUCAGGACGGCAGAAGUUCGAAAAGCUUCUGGAAGAGACCGACGUAGUGAUCGAUGGGUUCCGGCCUGGUGUUCUGGAAAAAUUGGGCUAUACUCCGUCCUCGUUGAGUGACAUGGCAAUCCGUCGCGGGAAGGGGAUAGUCUACGUAGAUGAGAAUUGCUUCGGCCAUAUGGGCCGAUGGGCUGGUCGGCCUGGGUGGCAGCAGAUUGCGGAUUGUUUGACGGGAUUCGCGUGGGAGUUCGGGAAGUUCCUAGGCCACCGCGAACCUAUAGUGAGCCCUUGGCCGAUCGCCGACUACGGCGCGGGGUGUAUGGGCGCCAUCACGGCCUUGAUAGGGCUGUAUAACCGCGCCCGAUUCGGUGGGUCGUAUCAUGGGAAGGUGUCGCUCAUGCAAUUCAAUCUCCUCCUUUUUGCGGUCGGACAAUACCCCGAAGAGAUACAAGCGAUGCUACGAGGAAGGGUAUCACACGCAUUCCGCAGCUUGCGUCAUUGCGAUGGCGUGGAUCGGAGCACCAGGAUUGCACUGGCGGACAUGCAGCAACAAUUCCCUGAGCUGUUCAAGUCCCCAAAACGUUCCACGCCGAAUGAGAACCUGACUGAGGUCUGGUAUUCUCAUUGUUUUGGCACGGAUGUUGAGGUGGUGCGGCCCGUGGCUUGCGUUGAGGGGAUCGAGAAUUGUUUCGUACGGGCGAGUCGCUGCAACGGAGCGGACUCCGACCCCUCAUGGAGCUCUUUUCAAUUGGUGGAGGACUUCCGGAAGGUGUGAACUAUGAUAUUCGUCUGGUUCGAUGGCGAGGGCUUUUGGGUGGCCCUAAAUGCCGGGAUCAGCACUCGGCGAUCAUGUCCACGGCUCAAUGCAUCCCUCGUUAGCUCAUGAGAAUCACAUGGAUGCAUCCUGGCUCCCUCUAGUAAGUUAAAUCCACGAAUCAUUAUGCACACGAGCCUUGAUUUCCACCCCCAGAACCAGGACCCAUUACAUGACAUGGAGUUGAAGAAGCGGGCUGAUACCCUGUUACCCCUUACUUUUGUACAUGCUCCGGCUUCACAUCCAGGAAAGAUCACCGUCACGUCACGUCAGUCUGGUCGGGAAGACAGAUUGGAGUCCCGCCUAUCAUUUGCUCAUGGUGUUUGCGGGUCGGUGCCGCCGUCGAGUUGUAGUCCCAGCUUGACUGCGGAAUAUUUUAUAAGCCAGCUUCAACG